CAUUAUUUUACUUUGCAUAAAAUUUAAUGCAAAGCAAAAUUAAAAUUUUAGUAUGCAUCUGUGUGAUCGGGGCAUAAAAUUAUUAGCUAAAUUUGCUUAAAAAUAGGCAAAUAAGGUUUGGUUAAAAUUCAUUGAAAAGAUUUUAGGAAAGUUUUGUUUUUAACUUCAUGCCAAGUUACAGGCUUAAACUGACAACAGUUGAUGAAAGACAAUAUAGUAUGAAAUUCUAUAUGUUAAUUUGCAGUCCAUCAAUUCUGUCAUUGAGAAGAGGAGGAAAAUGGAAAGGGGGCCUCUCAAACAAGAGGAAAUGCACUAUACAGCUAGUACGUUGGACCUGGGCAAAAGAUUGAAUUUUUCCAAUUCACAACAGAGUGAUCCAGGACUAAGUACACCCAAACUGGAAAUACUUGGAGAAGCCAGGUUAGAUUCUGCUGGUCAAGAUGUGCUUUCAUCAGAGCAUGAGAACACAAGCAGUGGUGAUGAUAUGUCUGAUGAUGAUACAUCUGAUGAUAUGUAUGAUGAGGGCAAAACGCAUUCAGAAGAAAUAAAACCAUUGAAGGGUACCAGUAAGCAUGGGAGCUGGUCUACCAAUAAGCCUACCAUUCCAUCACAUGGCAAGACACAACCACACUCUUCGGGUAGACUGGGAAAGACACAGAAAGAUAAAAAGAAGUGUGUUUCAUUCUUAAAAGGGAAAACCAAGAAAUAUCCAUACACCAUGACAGAAGAGAUGAUCAAGUUUGGAAAAAAAGUGGAAGAAUUGAGAGAAAUUGGGGAGGUUGAUAUCCGAAUUGAUUCGCUGGUUAAUUCUCUGAAUAUCGAAACGAAAUCUUGCAAGUUCUGGAGAAGGGAAAACAUAAAAAAGGAUUAUGGAGAAUUGAUUUGUAACCUUGAUUAUUUAGACUGUGCUGGUCUUGAUGUUGGCAUCACUAUGAAGCCAUUCAAUCAGUAUAUUGAACCAUUCGAUGGGCGCAGAGUCAAUGACUUUCAAGAAUGGAUGAAAGACUGCACAAAAGUCCUCAAUAAAACACGAUCUACACAAUUGGGCAGUGUUUCUUCCAUUUUGUUUGCCAUCUAUGCAAAAGAGGCUAUUUUGGAAUUCAAGCCAACGGAACUUCCAGGAAUUAUUGAUUACAGUAUUCGCUGUGCAAUAGAAAGUAAUUAUUAUCUACUGGCUUUUGCGAUUGUGAGGACAUACAUAUUCGAUCAUGUUAUUCAGUUGCAAAGAAUUUUUGAAGGUACCAAAGGAAUAAGUCCUCUCAUUAUUGACAUAAUCAUACAAACAUCGAGAAAUAUGAUUUUGAGAAAAUUUCCAAACCUUCAAAAUAAAGCCAUUGUUCUGUCUUUCUGUUGGGAGUGCGGGCAGGGAAUUCUAACCCGGAUGGUGAUGAUCAUGUCAUACAAAGGAAGUAUAGAAAUAACCGAUAAAAUUCCAGAUGAAGUCAUGGGAUUCAAACUUGUCCUUUAUAAUCUCGCACAUCUGUCGGAUGAAGCAGCUCAAGUUUUCAAAUCAAUUCCAGUUUCAAAGAAAACUCCAUUGCCAACAGUCACAGAAAGUGAAGCAAGAGAACUAUUUAGGAAACACUCCAAUCUCACAAUGAUAUCAGCCUCACCAUAUAAAUCAGUGGGAUAUUCCAAGGGGAAGCACAGAGUUGUCGAGAAACUGUGUAUCAGUCUGUUUUGUCUACAUAAAGGCUAUAUUCCCUAUGGAGAAGAACAAUUUCCAAAGAAAAUCAGAGACGUGGAAGUAGAUGUUCAGGAGGGAUACUGCUACUUCGGUGCUGGAAGAUCACUAGAAUUAGGAGGACACAUCAAGCGUUUGAUGAAUGGGAGUAUCGGGGGAUUUGUAGAUCUUCCCAAUAGUAAAGUUGGGUUGAUAACAUGUGCUCAUGUUGUAUUUUCAUCUGAACAAUUGAUGAUGUUGAGGAAUUGGCAGCGUCCAAGUACUGAUAUUGAAGUCGAGGCAUUUGAUAAGGGAAGCCAUUCCUAUAAAGUGUGCGGUAAAUGUAUACAUGCAGACUUCCCGCAUGUAUACAAGAUUGGAAACCCCCAUCUUUUCACGUCAGCUUCUAAAGAUCCUAACGUUGAUGUUGCUUUAAUUGAAGUUCAUGAAGAUAUCAACACAUUUGAGUUUCGGACUGUGCCCUCAGAACAGUUGCAAUCUGCAGGUUUCGACCCGACUAAUCCUCCAGUAUUUUCUGGAGAGGUUGCAUCUCUGCCUGAUCCGGAUCCCGUGCACAAAGUCAGUGGACAAAUUCCAAACAAAUUAGACAGUGUAGUAAAAUAUGGCGCUGUAACUGGAUUUACCAUUGGUAAUCUUUAUCAUAGUCAUGCACAUGUACGAUUUGUUCAAGAAAGUCUUAAGCUACCAGGGGAUUUACACUGCGCUGUUAUGUGCGAUCAAAUUGAAAUCCAGAAUCUGCCUCACGGACAGUUUUUUGUGUGUGGUGACUCUGGUUCGUUUGUCUUUUGUAUCAAUCCUGAUAAAACACUCAGCUGUCUGGGGAUGGCAGUUGGAGUAUCCACACGAGAAUCCUGUUUAGUGACUCCUAUUGACAGAAUCUUAGACAAUCUACGCAGUGUGUGUCCUGGUGCUCGUUUAAAACCUUGUAGGACCAAUUCACCACUUCAAGCAACCUUAGAUACGAUUUUAGCAGCCAUAGGAAACUUUCAGACUUCCUUGCAGAAUGUCCAAGCCUCAUUACAGAAUGUACAAACAGAAGUUCAAACUUUACAAAGUCAUUUUAAACAAACCGAAGAUUCCAAAACUCAGUCAUCGUCCAACCAAUCCAGUGCCAAUCAAAAUUAAGAUGAUGUGGAAGCGUGUCGGAUUGGAAUAUCUGAAUUAUAUUUCUAUAAAAUAAUUUUUUGAUAUGUCAAGAUGUUGAAUGUUAUAUUAUGUUUUAAACAUAUGGACAUUACAUAUCACUGGUGUUGUAUCAAUGUGUAUACUUGUGUUUUCAGUGCUUUCAAGGCCUUUGUUUUUAGAUCACCUGGUAAUCUCCAAUAUUAAAGAUUUUUGAGAAACUAUG